AAUCAGUCAGUGUUCACACCUUCUCACACGCAGGGGGUGUUAAAGGCAGAAAGCAGCACAAUCAGCAGCUCACACAGACUAUAACUCAGCUCGGAAUGGCAGCUGACUAUGAAAUGAAUCGUGUAGGAAAUUAUCAGAAGUUGAAUCACGAAGAUUACAUGGACAGCGGUAUCUUUGAAAUAGAGAAUGGCAGAAACAGGACGAUGGGCGGAGGAAACUACUCAGACAGUGCUGUCACGGAGGUGAUAACCUCAAAACUGACCUCACUUCCACCACGAAGCACUUUCAGUAGUGCUGGUUCCUCCUCUAGACGCCAGGUUCUCACAGGAGUAUAUGGAACAGAGGACAUUACUUCAUCCACUAACACCAGCUAUCACAGUGCAUCGGGACGAGGCACCUCCAGUGGAUAUUCCCGGACCCGAUUCCCAGGCUCAACACUUUCAAUUUCACCAGAAACAUCCUUGGAGCGGAAAACAUUCAUCAGCCGGAGAGGAGGAUAUGAGGGGAGUUCCAGUGGAAAUUCCUCCCCAGAAUUCUCACGAAAAGAAUUCAGUACUUCACAAACCAGAGGAAGGAGUCAGAGUCGAGAGAGUGUGAUCAGAGCCCGGCUCCAGAGUGCUUCACCUUCCGGACGCUGGACAGAGCUGGAUGAUGUGAAGCGGUUGCUGAAAGGUAGCCGAUCGGCCAGUAUCAGCCCUCCUCGUACGACCGCAAACACCCUCCCUUACCCUAAGAAGGCUGUUGUGGAGACAAAGAUGGUGAGCGCAAGCACACAAUCAGUUUCUGGGAGAUAUGACACCGCUAUCCUGAAUGCUGCUCUGCCCGCCUACAUCUGGACUACGACUGUUCCUGCUGGCAACAUGAAUAUGGGAGUGACAGAGUACCACAACAAUCUCUCUUCAGCUGGGACACAGAUGUUCAGUACAGGAGGAUCUUCUUCUGUAACAGUAAACGAAAUCCAGAAUAACAAAGCUUCAAGCCCAGUGACAGGGACUGUGGGACUGACCACUCAGACAGUUCAAGGUGUUCAGAACAAUCUAACAGCCACGUCUGGCUUAGUCACUAGUCAUACUUUGACCCAGACCAACUCCAGCUCAGCACUGGGAGUGCAGAAAAAUCUUGCGUCGAAUUCCAGUGUCGUUAACACAGAGCAGACCAGCACCACAGCACUGGGAGUGCAGAAAAAUCUUGCGUCAAAUUCCAGUGUCAUUAACACAGAGCAGACCAGCACCACAGUGGGGACCACGGACACUGACGACAUUUUACGGAAAGACUAUAAGUUCCUGCUGCUGGAGAAGGAAAAUUCCCCUCCAAAAAAAGACACGGAGCUUCUGAUCAUGACCAAGGAUAGUGGCAAACUCUUCACUGGUGCUCCUGCCAGCUUCGCUGUGUCAUUGACAGAUAACACCUUGAAGAAAGAGCAUUUGGUUUCAAGUGGCACUGAAUCAGGAAUAAAGGCUCAAACAAAUGGAGGCUUGAAAAUGCCAACUAAGGACAAGGCAACAUAUGCAGAGAUCCGAUCGAGUGAGGAGAAUUUGGGCUCCAUUCCCUCCUGGUGCUCCUGCUGUCGCUGCUGCAGCUGGUGGAAGUGGCUGCUGGGAUUGCUGUUGGCCUGGUUACUGCUCCUAGGCCUCCUCUUCGGCCUCAUUGCAUUGGCGGAAGAGGUGAGGAAGCUGAAAUCCCGCGUCAAUGAAUUGGAAUCUGGACCGAGAUUUGAGAAGUAUGUUGCGCAGCCUGGCCAACCCUGCUUAAUGAAGAAUGACUCAAGGGCACGGGUGAACACAGAGCCUUGUGGCUCAGGAGCAGAUAUCAAGCGUGACCUAUGGAACCAAAUUAAAGCCAUGCUAGAGUCCCCAGAAUAUCAAGCUUCAUUGAGAGGACUACAAGGUGAUCCAGGAUUUCCUGGAAUGCCAGGUCCACCUGGUCCUCGUGGUUCUCCUGGGCAAGAUGGACAGAGAGGCCAGAAAGGAAAUGCAGGUGAACCUGGAGAGAAAGGUGCAAGAGGACCUCCAGGUGAUUCUGGAUCGACAGCGAAAGGUGAUAAGGGAGACAGAGGUGAGCCAGGUCUACCUGGACUUCCAGGUUUACCAGGAAUGAAAGGGGCAAUUGGAAUGCAUGGUCCUCCAGGUCCUCCAGGAUCUUCAGGGUUCAAAGGUGAUACUGGUUCUCCAGGUCCUAAAGGUGAUAGAGGAUUGAAUGGCAUUCCUGGAGUGAAAGGUGAUACAGGAGAGCGAGGUUCUCGUGGUUUACAAGGUGAACCAGGUCCUCGUGGAUUGCCUGGGACAACAGGAGAGCCAGGACAGAAAGGAUCAACAGGAUCUCCAGGAGCUGAUGGUCACCGUGGUCUCCGAGGUGAACAAGGACCACGAGGAUCACCAGGAUCAACAGGAGAUCCAGGCCCCCGUGGUGAACGUGGUGCCCCUGGGAAGGUUGUUAACAUUAGAGGAUCAGAGACAACUGCGGUUGUCCAGGGACCCCCAGGACCUCCCGGACCACCCGGACCCCCAGGACGACCAGGUGAGAGUAUUGUUGGACCCCCAGGACCAGAAGGACCUGCAGGCUCUAAAGGUGCCUCAAUCGAAGGGCCUCGGGGUCCACCAGGACUGCCUGGUGUUGCAGGAAUUCCAGGGUCUCUGUUGGCUGGAGAACCUGGACCCCCAGGACCUCCCGGACCUCCAGGUCGGCAAGGAUACAAAGGUGAAGCUGGUCAGCCAGGAUUAGCAGCAGGUGAUUCAUUUAUUUCCGGCCCCCCAGGACCCCCAGGACCUCCCGGUCGUAAAGGUGACAGAGGUGAGAGAGGAGAAGUCGGAAUUCCAGGGGCCCCUGGUAUUCCUGGACGAUCAUCACAAGUUGCAGCUAAUGGCAGAGGCCUUCAAGGACCCCCAGGACCCCCUGGCCCACCAGGACCACAAGGUCCUCCGGGAGAAUCUGGAUCGACUUCCAGAUCUAACAUCAGGCAGACGGUGACUGAAUACCUUCAGACUGAUGGUGUCCGGCGAUCAAUUGUUGGACCACCAGGUCCACCUGGACCCCCAGGGCCGAUGGGGGAUCACAGAGCGCUGGAACGUCAGGAAUACUUGGAGAUCUCCAAUCAAGUCAUUGAUUACAUGAGGAAUUCGGGAGUGGGUGCAGGUGUGAGAGGACCUCCAGGACCUCCUGGUCCACCAGGGACAAUAUCAAGCGCUGACCUGUCUCUCUAUCUGCAAAAUGAGGAUGUCCAGCGAUACCUCCGCGGACCCCAGGGACCUCCUGGAGCCCCAGGCCCACGAAGCGAUGGGGUGAGUCGGUCAGAGCUGGAAGCUUACGUCACUGAUUACACCAGAAGUUGGGUGGCUGGGUCAGGCCGGCCUGGUCCCCCAGGACCACCAGGUGCUCCUGGUGCCCCAGGGUCUAUCUCUGUGACAGGGGAUCUCAGUGCUAUGAUCCAGGAUGAGAACAUUCGAAGAUAUUUGAUGGGACCACCAGGACCUCCAGGACCACAAGGACCACCCGGGCGCCCAGGUUACACAACGUUAGAAGGAACAACAAACGUGCAGCUCAAUUACGGAGACAUUGCUACCCGUGUCCGAGAUUACAUGAGGAGUUCAGGAAUGAGUCUUGGGGUCCAAGGACCACCUGGUCCUCCUGGCUCACCAGGCUCUGUGUCCAGCAGUGAGCUAAUGGCUCUUCUACAAACCUCUUCCAUCCGGAGAAUUCUCGGUCAACCUGGCCCUCCUGGGCCACGGGGUCUGCCAGGACCGGUUGGACCUCCUGGUCUCGGAGGCGGAAACUUCCGCAUUGAAGAUGUUGUUUCCUACAUUCAAACUUCUGGUUAUAGUAUUGCAGGCCCUCAAGGGCCCCCAGGACCACCGGGACCACCAGGAACCGGAGGCGGUUUAUAUCCUGAAGAUCGGCAACAACUCAAGACUGAGAUUAUCGAUUAUUUCUCAAGUGAUAGAAUGAGACCAUACAUCACUGGACCAGCAGGACCUCCAGGACCCCCUGGCCACAUUGUAUAUUCUGAAGUAGCUCCACGACUCGCUCAAUAUAUGAAAGAUACUGGGCUGAUCGAUACCCGCACCAUCACCACUUGGGGUCCUGGACAUCGCAGAGUGUUCUGGCAAGAUGGAACAAGUAGAAAUGACACAGAGUUGGAGGAUCACAUGAGGGAUAAUGGAUGGACUGUACACACGUCACACAGUUCAUCCCGACACUCAUCAAUACCUGGGGAAUCUGGCAGUUUUGUGUUUGACUGGGAGAAAGCGUUCAACGGGAACAGGACAGCAUAUGAGGAAUACCUGCGAGCUAAGGGCUGGACUGUGCACACAUCACACAGCUCAGGAGGACCUGGAAUGUCCAGCUUUCUCGAAGACAAUUGGGAGAAAAUCUUCAAUGGGAACAGAACAGCAUAUGAGGAAUACCUCAGAGUUUACAGUCUGAACCAAGCAGCAUCAGGUGGUGAAGCAGGUCAGACAGCAGGAGCCAGUCGAUCUCACCACACGUCAUCCAUCUUCUCCAGCCAAUCAGAUGGAUCCGGAACUCACAGCAUGUCUGAAACUUCACGCAGCUCCUCCAGCCAAUCAGCUGCUUCUGGAUCUUCACAUUCCUCAGGAGGAGUUUGGCAGGACGGGACCUACAGGACUGAUGCCGAAUUGGAAGAGUUGCUAAAAGGGCAAGUCGGGGAAUCUUAUGCCAGGUGGCUGUCACACAGCAACCUCGGGGUGCAGUCUGAUCAGAACGAAAGGAGACGGAAAGCUACAGGUCAGUCGUCACACAGGAGAACCCGAAAGCGAGCUCUCGGCACCAAGUGAUGCAGCGACUCAUGCGGAGCAGGCUCGAGGGGCUGUACAGCUGACUCCUGCUCCAAUUCUUCCAGCUCCAGGCAGUGAAUUUGCCCAUAUAUCACCCUCUUUUUCAGCAGCUUAACCUCGGAAGAAAAAUGCACGCAAAUUUCUUUUUUGUGCCUUCUGUGAUACAGCACAUUAAUCUGGGGUUCUAACUACACACAAUUAUUGUAUCCAUGGAAAAAGGCAGAUAGCGACUGAUCUGCGGGAGACUUCGCUGCAUGAGGUUCCCUUCUCUAUCAGUUCCUGGUGCAUUGCCCCUCAAUGCUAGGAAUCUGUGAACUACCUUCUGAGUCAGUGGCCACAUGGGUCAGAGACAAUGCUCCCAAUUCUACUGUUCAAUGGUCACCAAAUAUUGUUAGAACGUAAGAAAUAGGAGCAGGAGUAGGCUGCUCAGCCCAUCGAGCCUGCUCUGCCAUUCAACACGAUCAUGGCUGAUCUUCUGCCUCAACACCAUUUUUCCACCUGUGCCCCAUGUCCCUUAAAUCCAUAAAAUCCGUCUAUCCAUCUCAGCUUUAUGUUAUGCUGGACAUUUAUAAAGCUCUGAUGAACCCCCGGCUAGUAUAUUAAGUCCAGUUCUGGUCAGUACAUUUCAGGAAAGAUAUGAAGGUCCUUGGGAGGGUGCAGAGGGAUGAGAGAUUUUGGUUACAAGGUUGGGUUGGAGAAGCUGGGGUUGUUCUCCCUGGAGCAAAGGAGUUUGAGGGAAGAUUUGAUAAAGAUGGACAAGAUGAUGACAGAUUUAGAUAAGGUGGACAAAGAAAAGCUGUUCCCAUUAGCUGAUUAUGCAAGGGCUAGGGAGACACAUAUUUAAGGUUUCGGGCAAGAAAUGCAGGGUGAAUGUGACAAGAACUUUAUACAGCGAGUAGUAAUGACCUGGAACUCGCUGCCCACGAGGACGGUGGAAGCAGAAACAAUCACUGAUUUCAGAAGGAAAUUGGACGGGAACUUGAAGGAAAUAAACUUGCAGGGAUAUAGGGAUCGAAUGGGGGAGUGGGACUAACUGGAUUGCUUGACAGAGAGCCAGCAUGGACUUAAUGGGCUGAAUAGCCACCUUCUGUGCCAUAAACGACUUUAUGACUCUCAAAUAUUUUCAACAAUGAAGCAUCCACAACUAUUUGGGCUACAGAAUUCCAAGGAUUCACAACCCUUUGAUUGAAGAAAUUUUGUCUCAGUCCUAAUUGGUCAGCCCCUUAUCCGAGACUGUUCUAGAUUCCCCUGCCAGUAUCUACCCUGUCAAGCCCCUUCAGCAUCUUGAUCCGUUGACCAGUGAGAAGGAGGCAGUCUCAUGCCCAUCCCCCAUCAUGUCCAUGUAGCUGACGCCCAACAUCAACAGAUCAACAGAAUUAUUUUCUUCAGAUUUCCAGCAUCCAUGGUAUUCAGCUUUUCAAUUAGAAUUCUUGAGAGAUCCAGGGGAAGGGUCGUGUCCUCCAUUUAGGACAUUCAACAGGUGGAUGACCCCCCUCCCUCCCUCCAUCCCGC